AUGCAACGUUUUGAAUUAAACUUAACUGAACAAUUUGCCUAUGUCGAUCCUCAUUUAUUCUAUUCCAACGAAGAACAUACCAUUUCAUGUCAACUGAUUUGGGUAACAAAAAAAGAUGGAAAAGAUAGUGUACUUAUAAGGUAUAACAUUCAAAAGUACUCACAAGAUAUUCAAAAUAAAAUGGUUUGUUUAUUGAGUCAAAUGAAGAAUUGGGAAAAUUUCUACCAAUGGUUUCUUCCAGUAAAAAGUGUUAUUAGUGGGACUUUUAAUGGGUCAAAGGAAAUUUGGAUUGUUUGUGAAAAUUGUCAAUCAAUAAGUUGUGAAAAAUAUUUAAAAAAUGUUCUAAUAAAGGAAGAAGAAGAACGUAGUCAUAUAGCUUGUUUUAUUAACAUGUGUAAUAAUAUCGAGCAGAUGAAAUUAAAAGUUAAUCUUAAACUAAACGAGAUUUUUGUUUGUUCAGAAGCAAAUGAUUUUAGACCAACUUUUAAAGUAACUCCUAUUAGCUUUUUAAAUGGUAUUUUAAACGAAAGAAGAUUACAAGAAAGUGUUAUUGAUAUUAUUAAUUUAUUUAAAUCAACACAGUUUAGUGAUAUCAUUAAUUCUAUUAAGAUAAAAAAAUUAAUAGAAAUAAAACAAUUAAAAAUUAUUCAGCAAGCGUUACAAGAAAAUCAAUUUGAUUCAUUUGAUUUAAGAAAAUGCAUUCCAUUAAUUAUUGUUGGAAACGGAGCUUAUGGGACCAUUAUAAAAGUAAGAUACAAUGGAAAGAUUUAUGCCUUAAAACAAACAGACUGUUCAAAGAAAGUUGAAAUAGAAAAAGAGUUUAUUGUAUUAAAACAAUGUAAUAAUCAACGAAUCAUCAAAUGUUAUGGAAUUGCAUCAUCUUGGUAUUCUAUCUCUUCUCAACUUCAGCAUCUCAAACAGAAAGCACAAAAAUCACUAUAUUUAUUACUUGAUUAUUAUGAAAGUGGUAAUUUUGAUCAAUAUUUAAACAAAAGGAAACAAUUAAAACAACGUCUUACAAAUGAGGAAAUGAAUCAUUUCAUUAAUGAAAUGAUUAUUUCUAUAAAGUAUCUUCAAAUUCAAAAAGAAUUUAUCCAUGGUGACAUCAAACCAGAAAAUUUUAUGGUAGAUUGCUCUGUUACAAAACCAAGACUUAUAUUAUCUGAUUUUGGAAAUUGUCGUUCAUUUUCUAAUGAAUCAAUUUUAAUUAGAGGUAAGUCAAAAGACUUUAAUUCAAGUCAUAGAUUACCACUUUCAAUUAAUCAUGACAUCUAUCCAUUAGGAGUUUGUUUCUAUAGGAUUCUUACAAAUAAACUUCCAUUUGGACAAACUGAAGAUGAGGUAAAAGCUUCCUACUCAACAAAUAAAAUUCUUUCGUUCCCUAAAUCUAUUCUUUCAAAUGAACAAUUUCAUUCAAAAAUAGAGUUAGUUAAAAGGAUGUUAGUAUUUGAAGAAAAAGAACGGUUGACUUUAUUUAUUUUUCAUAAAAAGAAAGGUGAAAAGUUUGAGCCAGAAAAUUCAUUACUUUUUGGAAAGAAAGAAAGAAAAAAUAAACAAAGAAAUGGAAUUUCUAAUUAUCACUUGAACUCCAUGACUUUUUUUAUCAUUUUCAUUUGUAUUACUCCUUUUUUUGUUCAUGGAGAUUGUUGGUAUGUUAGCAAUGAUAAUGAAAUUCGAUGGGGAACAUCUACUAAUUGUGGAAAGUUUAUUGGUUUUACACAAUAUUAUGAUAAUAAUAUUGAUUGGUUUCAAUUUAAUUCAGGGUGUUGUGGAGAAAAUAAAACUUAUUAUAAAAUUUAUCCAGGAAGUAAUGAGGCUGAAAAGGCUGUUGAUUUUGUUUUAGGAACUGAAAUCCAAACUGUAUGGAUGUAUCCUUCUCAACCUGAUAAACACUUUUCUAUUUAUUUAAGAAAUAUUAAAGAAGGGUUUGUUGGUAUAUUUAAACGAAGUUCUAUUCCUGUGAGUGGGAUUAAUAAUAACAUUUAUGUUUACAAUACACCAGCAGUCAUAAUUGGAAAUGGACAUGAACGUUUUUAUAUCAGAUAUCAAAGUUAUACUAAUAGACCAUAUCUUAAUCUUCAAGUAAUACCAACAACAAAUACUUUGAGAGAAUUAUAUGUUAAUAAAAGAAAUAUUCAUAAUGGAUGUAGUUAUGCUUUCAAUACAAAUGGUAAUAUAAAUGUUUAUGAUGCACAAAGUGGUUGUACUUUUUAUGAAGUUUGUUCAAAGCCCAAUUUAAAAAGAUAUGUAAUGUGUAAAAAUACAACUCUUUCAAUAAAAAAUGAUUGUAGGUGUUAUAUUCCAAGUACAACAUCAACAGCAUCAGUUAUUAAUUUUGGAAUGGUUUUUCCUGAUUGUUUACAUAACAGUAGUUUAUAUGAUUUAACUAUUUUUGCAAAUCAAACAAUUAUUAAACUUGAUUCUACUAAAGGAUAUCAAUGGAAUUCAUUUAUAUUUGAAUCUAGAACACUUCCUUUAACAAUAGAAAAUAAUCAACAUAUUAAUUUAACUGGAACAACUACAUUACCAAAUAAAAGAAUUGUUAUUAGUAACGAUGUUCAUUUCAAUGAAUUAAUUAUUCCAACUGUAAAUUUUGAUAUGACUCAUGUAUUUGGAGAAUGGAGUGCAAUUGAUAUAGAUGUAAGUCAAAUUAUUACUGAUUCAAUUUUAUUUAUUGGAUAUUAUAAAUCAAAUGGGAUACCAGAUACAAUUCGAGUUGGGUGUAACAAUGGAAAUUUUACAAGGUAUGUGAAAGUUACAUCAACGAUAGAUUGUCAAUGCACUUAUUCUAAUGACCAAUAUGAUCUGAGUGACUGUGAAACAGUCAGUAAGGUUUACACAAAUAUACUUAAUUUAAUUUUAAACAAUAAUGUUUAUGAUAAAGAAAAUGUUUAUUGGAAUUCAUUUGUGAUAAAAUAUUCAAAUAGUCUUAUUAAAGGUUCAAUCACAAGUGAAUCAUGUUCUGUUGAACAAUCCAUAACAAUACUUGGAAUACUUCAAUGCAAUAUUUUAACUAUUUCAGGAAAUUCUGUAAUUAGUAUUUCUGAUGAUGGAGAGUUAAGAGUUACUGAACUUAUUGUUGAUAAAGAGAGUACAGCCACAAUAUCAUCACCAACAAAUACCAAUGUUUUAAUUGAAAUAAUAAACAUUUAUGGAUCAUUAUUAUUUGAUGACUCUACUACUGUUCUUUCUCAAUCUCAAACUAUUUUAAAUCAAAAUAGUCAACUUAAAACAAUAAAUUAUGCUUCAAUUAAAGAACUUCAAAUAUUAGGAACAAGUACAUUAAAAUCAGAUAGUAAUAUUUUUAUUUCAAGAUUAAUUCAAACAACCAGUAGGUUAAAUGUAGAUGUUAAACAAAUUGAAGUAAACAAAGGAGACUUAAUCUUUGGAAGUGUAAAUGUAGUAAAUCAAAUUAUUAUUUCAAACUCUGUUUCUACAAUUGAUAUUGACUCUAUUGCCAAUCCAUUGAAAGAUCCUAACUUAAUGUUUAUAAAAAUAGAUCAUUCAACAACUCCAUUAAAUAUUAUUAAAAUUCCUUCUAUUCCAAAUUCAAUAUCAAUUAAUUUUAUUAUAACUAAAUAUCGUAAGAUUAAUUUACAUUCUUCUAAUAAUAUAAAUUUCAUUUGUGAUAAACAAGCUAUUGUAAUUGGAACAGGAAGUGAUUUAAUUUGUUCUGUAAUUGGAUUAACAAAUAAGGUAUGUAUUCCUCAAAUAGAUAAUUCUUAUUUAGAUGAAAAUGGUUUGUAUGAUUACUCGUGUCCAGGUCAUUUUAAUUCAAUAGUAUCAACUUACCUUAUUAUUGAUUCAGUAAAUUCAUAUUCAUUUGAGUCUGAUGAAAGAUAUAAUUUGAUUACUCUUUUAAGACAAUCUACUCUUCAUGUUUCAUACCAUGAAUUAGUAAUAAAAGCUUCUAACUCUUUUACUAUUGAUGGUAUUCUUAACUCUGUUCUUAUUGAAUCAAUUGGAGAUUCAUCUUCAAUUAUUGUAAAUUCUCUUUCUCCAGUACUUUUAUUUGUUGACAAUUCUUUAGGUAUAACUAUUUCAACAAAUAAUGCAGUUGUGUGUUCAUAUGGGUUAUGCAAAACUGGGUUAUUAUCAAAUAUAAAUUCUGAAUGUAAAAUAUGUAGAUAUUUAACUAAAGAAGAUGGGGAGUGUAUUGCACCUAUGACAACAAUAGAACAUUGUGAAUUGUAUCGUAAGAAUGGAUUAUGUGAUCGUUGUGAAGAAGGCUUUUUUUCUACUGGAAAUUCUUGUAAUGAAUGUACAUCAAAUUGUAAGAUUUGUAAUUCUGAAAAAUGUUUUUUAUGUUUUGACAAUUAUAUCGUAAGUGGAACAAAAUGUAUUGAAACAAGUAACUGUAAAUAUAUGAAUAAUGGAGUAUGUUUAGUUUGUCCUCCUGGUAAAACUCAAGAGCCUUCUAUGGAAAAGUGUUCUGUUAAUUGUCCUAAUGGAUGUGAUACUUGUUCUUCUUCAGAUGUAUGUACCCAUUGUAGUGUAAAUAAUAGUUAUAUAAAAAAUAAUGACCAAUGUGAAUUAAAACAAUCAACAAAUCAAAUUACAAAUAAACAGGUUAUUGACUGUAAAGAUGGGUUUUAUCUCAAAGAGGGGUCUUGUAUUUCUUGUGAAGAUGAUUGUUCCAAAUGUUUGUAUGAUGAUAAAACAGAAACUGUUGAAUGUUUAGAAUGUCCUGAAGGAAAAGUAAUUGUAAAUGGAAAGAGUUGUCAAUCAAUAGGGUCUAUUGGUUGUAAAACAACUGUUGAUAGUAAGUGUGUUGUUUGUACUGACUUUGAUAAAUAUUUUGAUGGGUCUAAUUGUGUUUCAUGUGGAAGUAAUUGUAGUUUAUGUACAAUAAAUGGAAAAUGCUCGUUAUGUGAAGAUUCUACAUAUUUAAAAUUAGAUUCAAGUUUUGAUGAUGGGGUAUGCCAAUUAACACAAACAAUAAAUAAUUGCAAGGAAUAUAAUAAAGGAAGGUGUGUUAUUUGCUCUGAUGGUUAUUUUUUAAAUGAGAAUGGGAGUUGUGAUGCUUGUUAUUAUCCAUGUAAAAAAUGUGUUAAAUCUGCUGAUAUAUGUUAUGAAUGUAAUGAAGGAUUUAGUCUUCAAGAAAAUUCAUGUAUUAGUGUUAUUAAAAGUAUUGAAAAUUGUAAACAAACAAUUCCACAUUCUAAUGACAAAUGUUUACAAUGUGAAGAUGGGUAUUAUAGAGAUGGAACGUUAUGUCGAGCAUGUAUUGAUAAUUGUAAAAAAUGUAUUAAGAACAAUGGAUGCUCUGAAUGUAGUAAAAAUUUUUAUAAAAAUAUUACUUAUGGAUGUUCUCCAAUAUCUGAAUUAACUCAUUGUAAAGAAAUCACUAAUAAAGGAUGUACCCUUUGUGAAUCUAGUUAUUAUUUAGAAAAUUUAACAUGUCAUUUAUGUUCUGAAGUGAAUGAACAUUGCAGUGAAUGUAAUCAAAUUAACAAACGAUGUAAAGGUUGUGAAUAUAAUUAUAUUUUAACAAGUGAGGGUUAUUGUAUAAAUUAUAACCAAGUAAAAGGUUGUAUAGAAGCAUCUAAUUCUGUUUGUCUUUCAUGUACUUUUUGGUAUACUCCAAGUAAUGAUGGUUUGUCUUGUGAAAAACAUCCUGUUUGGUGGGUUGUAUUAGUUAUUGUGAUAUUAUUAAUUUUUAUCAUUGUAACUGUACUUAUCUUAGUUAUCUUUGGAUUGUAUAAAAUAUUAUUGUAUAUUAAUAAAAAGAAUCUCCAAAAUAAGGCAAGAAAGACAUACACCCAUUUUGAAAUUAAACAUUCAAAUAUUCAUUGGAUUGAAUUAAAUGGGAAAUGUCCUAUUUUAGUUAAUAAAAAAGUACUAACAUUUGAUACAGAAACAACAGAAAUUCCUGUGAAUAAAGAGACUAGAGAAUUACUAUGUAUAGCAAAUAGAUCAAAACACCCAAUUCAAAUAUCACUUCUUGCAGAAGAUAAUUCAAAUGAAAAUUAUUCAAUAAGAACAAAUCCACCUCAAGUCAUUUUGAAAAAAAAGGAAGGGUGUGAACUUGAAGUUUUCGUAAAUCCACAUUGUUCUGUACAUCUUAUUGGUAUUUUUAAAAUACUUAUUGAUAAUUUAUCAACUGGUAAACGAUAUACAGAAACUGUUUCACUUGAUUGUAUGACUGAAGUUAGUUGUCGGCUAAAUCCUAAUGACAUAGUUGAAGAACGGUUAAUAGGCGAAGGGUCAUUUGGAGUUGUUUUUCUUGGAAACUUUAAAGGAAACAAAGUAGCAAUUAAAAAAUUAAAAAAAUUACAAGUAUUAGAAAAUAUGAUUAGUGAAUUUAAAGAUGAAGUAUCAAUGUUAGAAAAAUUUAGAAAUGAAUAUAUUGUCCAUUUUUAUGGUGCUGUAAUGAUUCCAAAUAAAUUAUGUCUUGUAACUGAAUUUGCAGAAUAUGGUUCAUUAUCUGAUUUAAUUGAAAAAAGAAUGAAAGGCAAUCCACUUGAUGAGAAAUUGAAAAUUAAAUUCUGUUUAGACGCUGCUAAAGGAAUUCAAUAUCUUCAUUCAAAUGGAAUAUUACAUCGUGAUAUUAAACCUGAUAACAUUUUAGCUAUUUCUUUAGAAAAAAAUGUUGAAAUUAAUGGUAAGUUGACUGAUUUUGGUAGUUCUAGAAAUAUUAACAUGUUAAUGACAAAUAUGACAUUCACAAAAGGAAUUGGAACACCUGUCUAUAUGGCACCAGAAAUAUUAAAAAAAGAUAAAUAUAAAAUGCCUGCAGAUGUAUACUCAUUUGCUGUUACUAUGCUUCAUAUACUUAUGUGGGAUGCUCCUUAUCAAGGUUCCCUCUUUAAAUACCCAUGGUCAAUAGCUAAUUUUGUUGCUGAUGGAAAUAGGUUAGAUUGUCCAGAAAAAGUUAAUCCAGGAUGUUUUGAAUUAAUUGAACAGGCAUGGGCACAAAAUCCUAAAGAACGUUUGAGCAUUAACGAAAUAGUUAUUAAAUUACAACAACUUUACGAUAUUACUCAAAUUAAUUAA